AUGGCUUCGCGAUCCGCGUCGCUCGUCCGUCCAAUGCGUGCGGCCGUCCGCGCUGCCCGGAGCAGCAACGCCGCCGCCUCGCCCGCCACCACCGUGGUGCGGGCAUUCAGUGCCUCCGCCAGCCGCGCAAAGGAGCUCGCAGGAGACAUUGGAGCACUGCCAAACAUGCGUCACGCACAGCGGAACCCCGUGGGCCCUCUAAAGGUGCCCAUUGUGAAUCCUGCCGACCAGUAUGAGGAAAAGGCCCAGAACCUGCACGCUUACGGACAGUACUUGAUGUCUGCACUGCCAAAGUACAUUCAACAAUUCUCCGUGUGGAAGGACGAGCUGACCAUCUACAUCUCACCCUCGGGCGUCAUUCCGACCUUUUCCUUCCUCAAGUACCACACCGCUGCCGAGUUCACCUGCGUGGCUGACAUCACUGCUGUGGACUAUCCGACCCGCGAUCAGCGCUUCGAAGUGGUUUAUAACCUUCUCUCCGUCCGCCAUAAUGCCCGGAUCCGCGUAAAGACUUACGCCGAUGAAGCCAGCCCUGUCCCGUCCAUCUGUAGCCUGUACGACGGCGCCAACUGGUAUGAGCGCGAGGUGUACGACAUGUUUGGAGUCUUCUUCGUCGACCAUCCCGAUCUGCGCCGCAUCAUGACCGACUACGGMUUCGAUGGCCACCCACUGCGAAAGGACUUCCCUCUAACGGGCUACACUGAGAUCAGAUAUGAUGAGGAGAAGAAGCGCAUAGUGGUCGAGCCGCUUGAGCUGACUCAAGCUUUCCGGAACUUUGAGGGCGGCACAGCAGCGUGGGAGCAAGUUGGUCCUGGGCACGAUCGUAAACCAGAUACAUUCAAACUACCAACACCAAAGCCGGAGCCACCGAAGGAGGACGAGAAGAAGAAGUAA